AUGGCCUCACCAGAAGCGAUCCGAGCUCUGCGGAGCUUGCUUAGAGGCGUGCGGAAGCCUACACACGUGAACAGCCAGCAGCGACGGCGACUCUGCUCCGAAUGUCUGACGAAGCGGAGACAGUUGGGCCUCCGCACCCAAGAUCCUCUAGUCGCCAGCAGAGUCACCCAUACGACGCAAUGCCCACCCAUCCGCACCAUGGCCACUAUGGCCGACUAUCGCCAGAGAGAGUACAGACGAGAAGGCCCAUUGCAGGAGUACAACAAUCGAGUGGAAAUUGGGAAAUUGCGGGCAGGCGACGAGCAUCAACACAUGGUCAUCCAAUCGCUGCAAGACCUGUACGACGAACUCCUCAAAUACAACCCACCCAUCGUCAAACACCCUACGAUCGACUCCCUCCAACCCAAGAAGAGCACUUUCUUCGGCUCACUGUUCGGAGGAAACAGUGGAGGUGCGGCAAAGCUAUCGCUAGGUGAUGCACCGGGGAGGCCGAAGGGUCUAUAUCUAUACGGAAGCGUCGGAUCCGGCAAGACCAUGCUCCUCGACCUCUUCUACGAGUCCCUGCCUAAGGGCAUCAAGAAGGAACGGAUACACUUUCACAACUACAUGCAGGAACUGCACCACGAAACCCACAAGAUGAAGAUGGCGCAUGGCAACGACAUUGACGCCGUGCCCUUCGUGGCAGCCUCCAUGGCCGAGAAGGCGACCAUUUUAUGUUUGGACGAGUUCCAGGUGACAGACGUAGCAGACGCCAUGAUCCUGCGGCGAGUAAUAGAAAGUCUCAUGGCACAUGGAGUCGUGCUGAUCACGACGAGUAAUCGCCAUCCCAAGGAUCUGUAUCAGAAUGGCAUCCAGCGCCAAUCCUUCAUUCCCUGCAUCAACCUCCUACGCGAGAAGCUGAGAGUGAUCAACAUAGACAGCACCACAGACUAUCGCGUAUAUCAUCACCCUUUGGAUACGGCGGCGAAGUCCCAUGCGGAUCACUGGUUCAAAUUUCUGGGAGACAAAUCUGACGCACCGCACGAAGCCUCGCACACAGUCUGGGGCCGCGAGAUCCACGUUCCGCGCGCAUCGGGCAAGGCGUGUCAUUUCACAUUCAAUGAGCUGAUGGGUACUGCAAUGGGAGCAGCAGACUACAUUGAGUUGGUGCGAAACUACGAUGCUUUCAUCGUUACAGAUGUGCCAGGAAUGAAUAUUCGAUCGCGGGACUUGGCGAGGAGAUUCAUCACCUUCCUUGACGCUGCCUACGAGUCACGAGCGAAACUGGUGCUUACGACCGCGGUACCGCUAACUCAACUCUUCAUGGCCGAGGACGAGAUCGGGAAGGCUUUGUCCGAAUCCGCUGAGAAGGGCGACAAGAAAGCGCGAGCAGCGAAAGCACAGACUGAUAACGUCUCAGACGCCAUGCGCUCCCUCAUGGACGACUUGGGCCUGGACAUGGACACGCUGAAGAAAAGCAGCAUCUUCACAGGCGAUGAGGAGGCGUUUGCAUUUGCUCGAGCGUUGAGUAGACUGUCGGAGAUGGGUAGUCAAGAAUGGGUGGAGCGUGGUCUUGGGAUAGAGAGGAUGCAGGGCUUGGCGGCCUUGGAAGGCGACGGUGCUGCAAUGAUGGGCGAGGGGACUGGUGCGGCGAAGAGGGAGAUGGGAGGGAAGCAGGAGGUGGAGGAUUGGAAGAAGGUCAGGAGUUCUUGGCGGCAGGAUAGUUAUUGA